AUGCGGCUGACCACAUCCGCCCUCGCCCUGGGCGCGGCCUCCACCGCGCUCGGCUUCCAGGACCAAAAGGUCCUCGGCGGUACCGGCUCGUCCAAGCCCCUCGUCGACCUGAAAGACUUCAACUUCAACCUCGACUUCGACUCGUGGGCCAAGCCCCUCAAGGAGGCCUUUGGCGAGAUUACGUCCGAGACCAAGGCCAUCUGGGACGAAAUUGCCCUGCUGGCCCCUGACGCCGUGGAUGCCUUCAAGAAGCAGGUGGCGGCCCACAAGCCCAAGAAGCACUCGCGCAUCGCCGACAGCAAGUGGGAUCACGUCGUGCACGGUGCCGAUGUUCAGGCCCUCUGGGUGGAGGGUGAGGACGGCCAGCGCCACCGUAAGGUUGGCGGCAAGCUCGACAACUUCAGCCUGCGCGCCAAGAAGGUCGACCCUGCCAAGUUGGGCGUCGACAAGGUGAAGCAGUACAGCGGCUAUCUCGAUGACAACGACAAGGACAAGCACUUGUUCUACUGGUUCUUCGAGUCGCGCAACGACCCCGCCAACGACCCCGUGGUGCUUUGGCUCAACGGCGGCCCCGGCUGCUCCUCCCUGACUGGCCUGUUCCUCGAGCUUGGCCCUGCUUCCAUUAACAAGAAGCUUGAGAUCGUCAACAACCCCUACUCGUGGAACGCCAACGCCUCCGUCAUCUUCCUGGACCAGCCCGUCAAUGUCGGCUACUCGUACGGUGGCGGCUCGGUCAGCGACACCGUCGCUGCCGGCAAGGACGUGUAUGCCCUGCUCACCCUCUUCUUCCACCAAUUUCCCGAGUAUGCCAAGCAGGACUUCCACAUCGCCGGCGAGUCGUACGGCGGACACUAUGUGCCCGUCUUUUCUUCCGAGAUCCUGUCGCACAAGGACCGCAACAUCAACCUCAAGAGCAUCCUAGUCGGCAACGGCCUGACCGAUGGCUACACUCAGUACGAGCACUACCGCCCGAUGGCUUGCGGAGAGGGCGGCUACCCCGCUGUGGUUGGUGAGGACGGCUGCCGCUCCAUGGACAAUGCUCUCCCCCGCUGCCAGUCCCUGAUCAAGUCCUGCUACGACUCUGAGAGCGUCUGGACGUGCGUUCCCGCCAGCAUCUACUGCAACAGCGCCAUCAUGGGCCCGUACCAGCGCACCGGCCAGAACGUCUACGACGUCCGCAAGCCCUGCGAGGAUGACAGCAACCUCUGCUACUCGGCUCUGGGCUGGAUCUCGGAGUGGCUCAACAAGCCCGAGGUCAUCGACGCUCUCGGCGUCGAGGUCAGCAGCUACGACAGCUGCAACUUUGAUAUCAACCGCAACUUCCUGAUGCAGGGUGACUGGAUGAAGCCCUACUUCCGCGUCGUGCCCAAGCUUCUCGAGCAGAUUCCCGUCCUCAUCUACGCCGGUGAUGCCGACUUCAUCUGCAACUGGCUGGGCAACCGUGCCUGGACCAACGCGCUCGAGUGGAAGGGACACAAGGACUUUGCCGCAGCCGAGACCAAGGGCCUGAAGGUCGGAUCUGGCAAGGACUACGGUAACGUCAAGACGGCGCAGAACCUCACGUUCAUGCAGAUCUACGGCGCCGGCCACAUGACGCCCAUGGACCAGCCCGAGGCGUCGCUCGACUUCCUGAACCGCUGGCUCGGUGGCGAGUGGAACGCUUGA